AUGAAGAUGUUUCACAGCAUUUGGUUCUGUUUGUGUUUGUGUCGUCUGGCUGGUGUGUUUGCUGGUCCAGACGCAGUGAAGUCAGUGUCAGUGAUGGAGGGAGAUUCAGUCUCUCUACAGACUAACACUAAACUACAGACAGAGAAUCUCAUUACGUGGACAUUUGGACUUUCAGAGAAUCAUAUCGCUGAGACCUAUGAAGAGGAUGGAUUCUUCUACACAUAUGAUGAUGGUCCUGACGGGAGAUUCAGAGACAGAAUGAAGGUUGAUAAUCAGACUGGAUCUCUGACCAUCACAGACAUUAGAACCACAGACUCUGGACUUUAUCAAGUAACAAUCAAUGGCGCGAAACUACAAAAGACAUACAGAUUCAAUGUUACUGUCUCUGCUCGUCUGCCUGUUCCUAGUGAGUGUGAUGGCGAAAUCGAAAGUGUGUUUGCUGAUGCAGAUGCAGUGACGUCAGUGUCAGUGAUGGAGGGAGGUUCAGUCACUCUAGAAUCUGGUGUUACUGAAAUACAGACACAUGAUGUGAUAAUGUGGACAUUUGGACGUCCAGAGGCUCGUAUCGCUCAAAUCAAUAAACAGGCUGGAAUCUUUUCUACAUAUGAUGGUCCUGACGGGAGAUUCAGAGACAGACUGAAGCUGGAUCAUCAGACUGGAUCUCUGACCAUCACAAACACCAGAAACACACACUCUGGACUUUAUCAAGUAAUCGAUGGCAUGACACUGACCACACACAGAUUCAAUGUUACUGUCUAUGCUCGUCUGCCUUGUCCUGUCAUCAGCAGAGAUUGUUCUUCUUCAUCAUCAUCAUCAUCAUCAUGUUCACUGGUGUGUUCAGUGGUGAAUGUGGAUCAUGUGACUCUCUCCUGGUACAAAGGAAACAGUUUAUUGUCCAGCAUCAGUGUGUCUGAUCUCAGCAUCAGUCUCUCUCUACCUCUGGAGGUGGAAUAUCAGGAUAAAAACAGCUACAGCUGUGUGCUCAACAAUCCCAUCAGCAAC